CUUAAGGCGCGCAAAUCUCCUGCUCUAUUACCUUCUUUAAUUCUAGUGAAGUGUGAAGUAGCGCUCCCAGAAAACUAGCAUUACUAUCAACCUCCAACAUGCCCACUCCCAUCGACCGCGCAGUGCAACAACGUGGACCGUUCUUCGCAUUCGCCGCUAUAGUCGCAGGCGUUGCAGCAUGGAGUAUCUGGGGUCAAGAUAUCUUUCCCAGUCAAGAUCCUACUGGCGACCCAGAAACAUGGACACAUGACCAAUGUGUUACCUGGCUUCAGCAUCGCGAUCUACAUCCCUCUCCCCUAGCGACAACUGCAGAACUGCUGGAGCGGAUUAAGGCCAACAUGAGGGUGUCUAGAGAGCGGGCAUCUGAUCAAUGAGUGUGCAGAGAUACCGUAUUGUCUCGUGAGGGCUCUUCAAAAUUGUUUUCCGGUUCAAAUUGAACUGUGGGUAUACGACUUGACGAAUAUCCUGAGUUCACCGAUUUCUUGCUUGUUUGCUUUUUAUUGCGACUGAAAGUGGCUUCAGAACUGCUAGUUUAUUUCAAUGUAACUCGAGCUAAUCAUCCGUCCCAAAAAUGUGCAAUGGCCUCAACGGCCCCGGAUGCCCAGAACGAUAAGGAAUCCAACGCCU